AUAAAAGAUGGGACGAUGCUGCAUGGUGAUCAACGGGACUCUGGUCCGUAUCCUGUUCUCUCUUGUGGCUGGUUUGAGCGUCUGGUUGAUCAGCGACAAGGACGGGAGACUCUGGAUAGCAUGGGUGGUGUUUCUACUUCUUAUGUUCAUGGAAGGCGCCGACACGGCUCUUGGAAGUGGUUCUCGCCCACCAUUGCCUUGAUGCUCAUGUGCACCGUACCGUGCCUCUGGAUGAUCGAGUGGGACGUGUACAAGCAGCGCCGUGGCUGUGGGAAAAUAAACCUCAACGAUGACCGGAACCCAUCACCUUGUGAUGACAGCUAUUUCAACAAAACCUCACUGCCGCCCAUCUUCGGGCAUGAGGUGCCGUUUGUCGCAAUGAUACUGCCAGACUGGGCGUUGGCUCUACACCAGAUGCUUUUAUUUUCUCUUAUCCUUGGGAGAUGGCUUCUGCCGAAGGGGGAACUAUCACGUGACCAGCUCUCCCAGCUGCUACUGGUCCAGGUUGGCAUGGCGGCCGACAUCUUAGAGUUCGUUGGGGAGGGACUGAAGGUGGACGAGAUUUACGACAACGACGUACACGUGCUGAUCUUGUUGUCCGUGUGGACAUGGAGUCUACCGCAGUUCACCCUCAGCCUUACUCUCACCAAAGGCAGAAAGACGAGGGUAGCAGGGGUCAGGCCUCUGGCCGCUGAGCACCGAAAGAAGCCGCUCAUUCGGGUGCAACGGGACGGGGAGUCGGACCACUGCCACUUCUUUUGCGGUACCGAGACCUGGGCUAUUCUGGUCACCUUGAUGAUGCAGGACCUGCCGUUCCUUGCCAGCCGUCUGUAUCUCAUUAUAAGCCCCAGGGUCCCCCUCUCCAUCCCGUUUCUGUUUUUCACCUCCAAGAACGCCCUGCUGACUGUGCUGCAGCUGUACCGAUUGGCGGUCAUCCUGCACGAGUACCGGGAGAAGCGGAAGGCGAGAGAUCGCAGGGUGGGAGCCAAACUUAGCAGAUCUGAAAGUACGGACCUCAGAGACGCGACAGUAGGCCGUACUGACGAGCCAAUCCUUAUCGAUGACCUUGAUAAGACUCCAUCCUUAUGGGUCACCUCGCGUUUCUUUUAUGGCUCAGGCGAAGACAGGCAACAUUUGAGACACAGAAAACACGUCAGUGUCCAAACGGAAUGGCCAUGCAACGUGGUUGAUGACAAUUCUGUCUUUCUCAAUCACCGUCGUAUUUCAGAUCAUCAAGACGAUGUAAAUAACGAACCGUCUCCAGAAAAAUGCAUCAACCAAAAUACGAGUAGUACGGUUGGUUCGGAUAGCUCUUUUGGACAAAGCGGUAAUAAAAACGUGUUUGUGUUUCUGGUGGACUUCUCUGACGGAGAGGAAAAGGACAGAAACGAUGAUGUGCAUAGUGGUGGCUCUGAGCAAGGCAUUGAACACGGCAAUGGGGACUUCAGUGACGCCAGCCCCGGUAGCGAUGACGAGCAAGAUGCGGGCGACGAAGGCGGCAGAGAUCGGGCGGCUGGCGUUGAUGAUGAGGAGGGUGUUCAUAAUGGUGGUUCCAAUGAUCCAGUCACAGAAAUGGAAAGAGAAUCCGAAUCAACCGACCCCAACCAUGCCAACAUAUCCAAGGAAUGUGCCGCCGUGGACAUUUCGUCUUUGCCGAACAUGCCAUCGUUGGACCAGAGGCAGAGGAGCCCGGGAUCAGAAACAAGAUGCCCAACCGAAAAUUCGGGUGGAUUUGGGGGUGAAAAAGCCACUAUAGAAAGGUCUCAUGAAGUGAGUGAGUCUAACAUGUCUAAACAAGAUGAAGGGGGAUUUAAGCUACCCGGACUUCCACUUCCAACCAAGACUGGUCAUGCUGGUCCCAAAAAGUUCCAUUCACCUGCCUCAGCUACAUUAGAAAACAGAACUAAUAAUGUAAAGCCUGAUGAGUCAAAGGAUAAAACUGACCAUGCUUUCCAACCUUACAGUGAGGAGUUCAACUUUCCAAAGCCAAAACAGUCCAACAUUCCAAAACACAAGAAAGAUCCACAAAUGUCAGGACCAAUUCCUGGGGCAGAACAGUCAAGUCCACAAGAGCAACCACUGUUACCGGCUAGCACAGUCAAGAAGUCCAGGGAGAAGUCACCUGCUGAGAAGCUUGCCAAAGCUCCGCCCUUGCCUUACAUAGAGCCCUCCUGGAGUGGUGUUCCCAACGAACCGUAUCACCUUGAAGUACUGAAGAGUGGGGCUAUCAUUGCAAAGAUACCACUGAACGACAAAGCCUACCAUGUCUUUGGGAGAUUGGAGAUUUGUGAUAUCCCCCUAGAGCACCCUUCUCUAUCUCGCUAUCACCUUGUGCUGCAGUAUCGUCUGAUGGGGGACAGCGAGCAUGAUCCUGGUUUCUAUCUGUACGACCUUGGAAGCACGCAUGGUUCUUGGUUCAACAAGCAGAAGAUGGAAGGAAGGGUGUUCUACCGAAUGAGGGUGGGGCACAUGUUUAAGUUGGGCGGAAGCUCCCGCAUGUAUAUUCUGCAGGGGCCAGCAGAAGACCAGGAUGCAGAAUCUGAACUGAGUGUGACAGAACUCAAAGAGCUGCGACAAAAACAGCUGGCCGAGCUGGAAGACAGGAGGAGGGCAACUCAGGAGCAAGCAGCCAAUGAGAGGAGAGAGGAAAAGGAGAGAGAUGAAGGCAUCAGCUGGGGGAUGGAUUACGAGGAUGCUCAGGAGGAAGACACAAGAGGCGACAACCCAUUUGCCAUCAUGACCCAAGAAGAGAAGGAAGCAACUUACAUCAAAGACCCCAAGAAGGCACUCCGAGGCUACUUCGAGAGAGAGGGAUAUGAUCUGGAGUAUAACGUGGAAGAAAAGGAAAGUGGUUUCAACAAGCAAUUUGUCUGCAAAGUGGAAUUGCCCUUAGAUGAUGCCAGUGGAAGGCCCAUCUUUGCCGAGGCAGCAGUCGUGGGUAAGAAGAAAGAGGCUGUCGUGGCCUGUGCGUUGGAGGCGUGUCGGAUCCUAGAUGCUCACGGCGUACUACGGCAAGCAACACAUGAGAGCCACAAGAGAAAAGUCAAGAACUGGAAGGAGGAUGAUUAUUAUGACAGCGAUGAGGACACCUUCCUGGAUCGGACGGGAGAGAUUGAGAAGAAGCGAUUACAGCGUAUGAAGAAAGCUGGCAUCAUCAAGGAGAAAGCGCAGACUUAUGACUCGCUGAAAUCUCACCUUUCAGAUGUGGAAACUGAAAUGCAGAAGAUCGAGGAAGAAAUGUCCACUCAAAGUAAAAGCAGUGCCUCUGCAGUCCUACAAGAUGACUCGCUGGACGCCUUCAUGGAGAGUAUUCAGGGUGGCAAGACACUGGACAAGACCUGGAGGGCCAAACUGAAGCUGAGACUGAUUGAGCUCAAGAAGGAGCAAGCCAGACUCAGCCGGCUGGUUGACAUUGCCAAGCCUGCCACUAUGCCAGCAUUGCAAAAGUCAUCAACGCAAACCAGUUUUGCUGCUUUCAGCAAGAAGCUGCCUAUGUUUGGUUCAAUGAAGGGCCAUGCUGGCCUGAGGCCAAAGUUAAAAACUGUGAUGCAGUCUCCCACCGCUGUGCCUGUGUCUUCGCCCAGCCAGAGGGCAAUAGAGGAAAAACAGGAAGUGGAAGAAGAGGAAGAUGAGCCAAUUGAAGUAGCCUCCCCUCCAGCCGCCACCAGCUCCUCAGAGCACACAAGAGUUGAAUUGCUUGAUAAACCAUUGACAGCAUCCAGGCCAUCUUCUGUCUCUGCGCCUACACAUAGCACCAGUACUGAACACAAGCCGGACCCUGCAGUAAGCAAGUCACAUUCCCCUCUACCACAUGCCCGCAAACUCGGACCUUCUCUCCCGACCAAGAUCCAGAUACAAAAUGAGUGGGAAGCAAAAGACAGCACUGGAAGAUCAGCAACCUCCCUAGCAAGGGAAGAGCGUUCACCCACGAAGAAGCCACGAAGAGCCCGAGAUGACAGCGGAAGCGCAAAGAGGACAAGGAUGAGCGAGGAAACACUGAGGCAGAGAGAGAUGGCGGAAAUGGAAGAUAAGGAAGAUUUCACGGACUGGACGCCCCCUAUAGGUCAGACAGGAGACGGAAGGACUCAUCUGAAUGCAAAGUUUGGCUACUGACAUCGUUUGGUUCCUUGUCUUCUAAAGCACCAUACUUCAUGGCAAAAGCACACUGCUCGGAACUGGUCUGGCCCUUGCAAACAUCGUCCAUGGAAAUCAUGUGGGACUACUACCUUGCCUCAGCAGAAAAUGAAAACAAAUCUUCGUACACACCAUUUACAAUGUAAAAAAAAACUGGUCAUCGCACUUGGUAGAAUGCGUUCUGUAAAAUCUGAUUCUAAGUUUACCAACGAGCUGUUCUAACCAAGUUAAAGAAAACCAUCAGAACAAAUGAGAAAUUUUCCAGGAUAUUUUGGCUUCUUCACGAGUCCAUUAAGGCUCUGUAGAUUCCGAUAAGUAUAUAUGACAAUAAGUUUUUAUUUUCAACCUUUCAGACACAUUCAUGUACAAACUUAGAAGACAAGCCAUUAAAAAAAUUGACAUAAAUGUUGAGGUGUCAUUGACUUUUCUAUUUCCCACUUAUUUCAUAUGUAUUUGAAAUAAAAGCCAAUAAUUCAUUAAAUCAAAAGUACAGCUCUCUUGGUGACACUUCUUUCCGAGGAAAAGCGAUUUUACUGCAUCUCAACUGCAACUUCUUUGUUCUUCACAUGCUUUUUUACCCUUUUUUUGGGUUCACUGUGAGUGAUCAGCGUGUACUGAUUAAUGGUUUGCAACAGUGCUGAUGUUGCACAUGCUACAGACUUUGGGUGUGAGCCCUAGGCUUCACGCCAUAUGAGUGUAUAACUUCUGAGUAGCAUCCCUGAACUAAGAUAUUGACAGAUGGGGGAAACCGCCUGCACGGGGCUUGAAAGCUCAGCUGGUAGACCACUUCAACGGUGUUCUGGGGGGUCAUACGUUCAAAUCCUGCUCUAAUGACUUUCUUUUUCCAACUCGGUUUCCCUAUUUAGGUUUAAC